CGUAAAUGUAAUUGUUAAAAAGAUUUAGUGUUAUCAAAUAGCCUGCUACCGUAUUAAAAAGUUAAUUAAUUGGUGGCCACCACUUACUGAUUAUUAAUUUGAUUUUGAUAGACAAUUAGUAAUACUACAGUGUUCAAUAUGGUGGCAGACCAAAAAUUAACCAAUGAACAAUACGAAAUUUUAAUGAAAAAUUCAAAAAUUGUUGAUAAUCAUGGUCCAACAAUUGGAAAAAGGCACAUUCAGACCCUUUUGGUAUUUUUGGUCAUUUUUAUGAACUAUGUCAUGAGAGUCAGCAUGUCAAUUAUUAUAGUAGCUAUGACAGAUCCGAAUGCGUCCAUAAACAAAGACAUUCCAACCUACAACUGGACCGAUAAAAGCCUCAUUAUGACAUCUUUCAUGUGGGGUUACAUGGUUCCUCAAAUCGCAGCUGGAUAUUUAGCAACUGUCUUCGGAGCUAAAUGGUUUUUAGCAGGAACCCUUUUCUGCAGUUCACUGUCAGGCUUCUUCAUACCUUUGGUAGCAGCAAACUUGGGUUCCAAAGGUGUAAUAGCCAUGCGAAUCAUUCAAGGUCUCACCCAGUCUUUCAUGUUCCCAUCUGUCCACGCGUUUCUCGGCAAAUGGGUACCGCUACAAGAAAGAAGUCGAUUGGGGACUUUGCCGUACAUGGGUUCUGCAAUUGGAGUAAUAACUUCAAUGUUAUUAACUGGCGUCAUAGCAUCCAGCUGGUAUGGAUGGCCAAUGGCGUUGUACUUAUACGGAGGAGUAGGACUUGUGGUAGCUGUUCUAUUUUCAUAUUUUUGUGCUAGUGAACCUGAUUUACACUCUACAAUAACCAAAGAAGAAAAAUAUUACAUUCAGAAUAAUUUAUGUGAAAAUGGAAGUGGAAAUACUAAGGACAUUCCAGUUCCUUGGUUUGAAAUAUUCACAUCAUUACCAUUUUGGGCUCUAAUUGUAUCUCAAAUUGGUUUCAGUUGGGGUAACUGGACGCUGCUAUUUGAAACUCCUAUCUACAUGAAUCACGUGAUGAAAUUCGAUUUAAAAUCUAAUAGCGUUUUGUGCUCUUUACCAUACAUUGCUGAGGCCAGUUGUACAAUGUUUUAUGGAUUUUUAGCUGACUAUUUGAUUGUAAAGAAAAUACUUACUAUUGGAAGGACGAGAAAAAUCAUGAAUACAUGUGGUUUGCUGUUACCCGCUAUUUUCAUGUUUCUACUGGCCCAAUGCAACUCAGACGAUGCACACAAAGCAAUCAUCUACCUUGUUCUGAUCGGGGUCGCAUCUGGAGCAGUAAAGAGUGGCUACAACGUUAACCAAAUAGAUCUGUCUCCCAACUUUGCAGGAGUAUUAAUGGGAAUCUGUAAUGGUCUAAGUGCAGCAGUCAGUUCACUAGGACCAAUGGUUGUAUAUGUUGUAGUAACAAACGAAGAGGAUACCAGUCAAUGGAAAUUAGUAUUUUACAUCGCUGCUGCUGUGUCUAUAGUUUGUUUGGUAUUCGGAAUUAUCUUUGGAUCUGGCUCCGUACAAUUAUGGAAUGAAGGCAACAAAAGAUUUAGAGAAAACUACCAACAAGUGCCGCUAAAAGCAUAGGAAGAAAAAUAUAGAUUGUGGUUUCUUGUGGUUUCUGUGAAACCUAAGAUUUAUGGAUUUCAAUAAAAAGGUGUCCAAACUGAAAUAUUUUUAUUUCAAUGACCAAGACUGAAAGUGGCGUCGAUACACAUUUUGUA